AUGGCAGAUUCUGCCGGUGAUGAUACUGGUGCUAAACGAGAACCCCUCGGAGACUCUCGGUGGAACGGCUCCGAUCACGGUCAUGACGGGUCGACCAGCGAUGUCGCCCUGGGUCGCAUUGUCCUCCCCGGUCCGACGAAGACAACGACCUUGGAAGAGCUGAGGUCGUUGCUUCAAGCUCAAGUCGUCAGUACUCUCGCUGGACAGUAUGCACGAGAAGAUUGUGGAGGCGUUGUCGAAGAAGCGCUUUAA